AUGGCUAAUUACUUGUCCCUGUUCAACUAUAAAGGACUUGGACACCUGAUCAAACUUGCAAACAAUCCACUGUUGACGUUUCGGUCACUAAGAAGCACUUACGGCGAUGUCUUCAAGAUAUACAUGGGAACUAGAUUAGCUGUUGUUAUCAACGGAUAUGACGUCAUCAACGAAGUUCUGAUGACUAGAGGUCCGGAGUUUUCCCAUCGGCCGUCGUCAUUCUUGGCAGAAAAACUGGCUCAGUAUAAAG